GUUGAUAAGUGCCUUGGCAGGGUUACUCCCGACCCAAUAUCUCCAUACUGACAAUCCGUCUUGGUGCGUUACUUGGGGCAAGGCUCAAACUCUUACCAACAGGGCCAAAUAUGAACACUUUUAGUGGGUAUGCUUGGCCUUACGGAUCGAAAAGAAAAAAGUGCAUCAUAGUACAUCGAGUGACAAUGCAAUUAGAGUUAUCAAUAACUUCUCUUUGGAUGGGGUUAUUUAUUCUCUAUGUUUAUUUAAAUAUAUAUGCAUUCAAAUUACCGGUGUCUCCAAGAACACAAACAUUUCUUUUUAGUUGUAUAUAUAUAAAUUUUGAUUCUUUGUUACAAAUUAUCUCUGUUGCCUAAUUCUC